CUUACAUUUCUCUCCCUCGUCGUCACCAGAGCGCUGCCACAAUGGUUAAGAAGUUGGCACAGGUUUAUGUAAUAUGCAGACUACUCUUCUUCAUAUCUCUACUCCUUAUUUUCCCCAUUAUAGCUGUUCAAGUUACGCCGGACGACAAAAUGGGCACUCCGCUCCAUCCAUCGCAUGGAGGUCCAUCGGCUGACCUCGGCCAAACCCCGCCAAAGGGUAAUCAGCCGGCUCGUCAAAGUAGAGAUCAUCUCUCUUACGAAGCUCUGAAUCCCCAAUUCGCGUGCAAUGAAACAAGAUCCGGAUCCUGCGGCAAAAACCUAAACCCGCCGGCAAAGCAAAGUUGCAAUCAUCGGAGCAGAACAUGUUUGCGACCUUAAUAAUGGACGGCAAGCUAAGCUUAAUGAAGAAUCAAAUUUUACGCAGUGAAAGGAUGGAUGGAUGGAUAAGAUAUUCAUCACUUAUUUGUUACGCAUGUGUAAUACAAUUAUUGUAGUAGAAUUUUCUAAAGUUGUAGCUAGUAAGGAAUGUGCAAUUUUACAUUUUAUAUUUAUGUAUCAAUUAAUACCACGUUUUGAUGAUAUAUACUGAACUCAACCUCC